AUGUCUGGCGAACACUCCUCCCAGAACAGCCACGGCACAAACACCCGAGGCGGCGCAGGCAUCGUUCCCACCCCCGCCAACAACGUCUCCGGCGGCAGCGGUCUGGGCGACAAGGGAUACCCCAAGGGUGGCGGGAUGGAAGGCCUCGGCCACGUUGCUACCGACCGACCUGCCGCGACGGAGGGCGAGUUCAAUAGCCUCAAGGAACAGAAGAGCAUGGCAGAGAAUCAUUUCAUGAACCGCAUGGAGGGACAUGGCAAACCGACGUGUUCGAAUGAGGACCAUAGCUUUGCGCAGCACAAGCCGGGUGGAUCGGAUACUUUGCCUGGAUGGAAUAAGGCCAAGGAUGCGGUGAACAAUAUGUUCGUUGCCCACGCUCUUAUUGUUGGUCAGAUUGUGCUAACUUGCAGCAGGUUUGGGUAG